AUGAUGAUGAUGAUGAUGAUGAUACUGAAUUCAGUCCCAUGCUGGAAAUACUUUACAAUGAUUUGGCAAAAUUGACAACUGACAAGGAAUUAUUUACUGCAACUAUACUACCCAAAGUACAAGACCUUUAUGAUACGUUUAUACAAUAUUUCCCGAAACUACCAAGACCUAUGGCCACUCCUGAUCAUAUUGAAGGUGCCAUGUCCUCUCUGGUGCGUUCAAAUAGCCGAUGUCAAGAAAUGUUGGUCUCAAAGAACAAGGAAUUAGAUAUUAUUCAAGAUUGUAUACGCUGGGAAGCUACUUGGAGACUAUUAUUUCAAAUGAUCAAAGAUUGUCAAUUCAAGUUGGAAGAUUUUGUCCUACGUUUUGCAAGAUGGCGACCUCCUACUGAUAGCACCAUACACAGAAUAAACGAUCUUUCACUACAACAACAAUCAAGUGCUAUUCGUCAGCAAUGUGAAGAAAAAACCAAUCAACUUUGUGAUCUGCACGUUCAACUAGAUUCUUUAUGCAACGAUGUUUCGACCAACAAUGUCAGCAACAUUAUCACAAAACUAUUACUAGCUAAAUUUAAUCAAGCAGAAUACCAUUCACGUCAUGUUAUCCUUUUGAUUCACUUUAUGGAUCUGGUUAUGAAGCAAAAUGAAAUGGUGCAAGCUCUUUGGUGCCGUAUUACUCGCGUUGAUAAUGAUCUUUCAUCACUAUUGUUGAAGAACCGUGAAACUAGCAACGAUUCAUCAUACGACCAUGACAAGGAAGAAAAUGAUGAUAUCUCUAGAGUAUAUUCUAUCUCCAAUGAUCAGCAUGCACAAUUGUCAAAGGAUGUGGAUCAGAUUCGACUCGACAUAUCAGAUAUGAUUUAUCCCGUACGACCUCUUCUUCAAAAUGGAUAUCAUGGUGAUGGAUCCAGUGAUGAUGAUCAUGAUGAUAGCAACAACAACAACAACAAUGGUGUGGCUUUGGAUGAUAUUGACAAUAAUACUAUUCGUGAAACUCUCAAAAAUGGACUUGACCAGUUGGAUCAACGUGUAUUGGAAUUGGGUCGUCUUUUGUUGGUGAAUAAUAAAAGAUCACUUCGUCAGGCAUCAGUUCAAUCAUUCAAACAGCAACUUCGAUCAUGCUUGGAUUUGUUGAACGGAUUGAAAUCAAAAUUGGAAAUAGUUAUCUCUUCUCUAGAAUGUCCUUUACCUCAAGUGGAAUCUGAUUCAGAUGGCUCAGCUUUUGAAACUCGUAUAUCAACUUUAGAAACAUCACUUGAUUCUACUCAUGGUGUGUUGGAAACGCUAGAAUUCAACAAGAAUUUAUUAUCGGAAUUAUCUCGAAUUCAUGAUCAAUUCUUUGGCGAUAUAUGGUUAGUAAAUGAAUCAACAAGCAAGACAAUUGAUGAUGAUAAUGAUGAUGAUGGUAAUGGUGAUGAUCAACUUGAACCGACUUACAAGUACAUAUUGAAGGAAUGGGAUGAUAUUCAAUCGACAAGCAGCCGGAUUAAUUCGCAGAUCAAAGACAAGGACUUACCCGACAUGUUACAACGUGGAGUGGAAAAACUAUUGGACCAGUUGCAAGAAUUGGAUAACAUACCGUUGAUUGUACAUUACUCAAGUAUCUCUAAGGAUCAGUUCACAUUAUGGAUGGCCAAAUUGGAGUAUGCACGACAAAUGUACACUUAUUUGCGCCCAAGGAUCAAUCAUGAGAAGGUGUCAAUAUUGAAGUCACAGUUGGAUGAUGCUAACAACAAGAUCGUACGAAUUGAUGGCUCCUUGUCUAUGAUGGAAAAGAAGAUAGAACAAUGGCAACUCUUUAGCAAACAUGAGAUCAAGAUCAAGGCAUUUGUGGAUCAAGUGAUGAAGAUGGAGCAGCAAUUGAAAGACUUGCAACAAAUAUUUGACACCAUGGAUUACACGACUAGCAGCGGCAAUAAUAGUGAUGAUGCAUUGCAAGAUGAUGACAACUAUCGACGAGGAAAAACCCAGCAACGACAAAUCACAGAGAAUAUACAGUCCUUUAAAAGUGUAUAUAUGGAUUUGUGCAAUUUCUUCAUUCAACAGCAGCAAAUUCAAAUCGCUAACAACUAUCAUGAUGAUUUUCUAUCGAGUCGUAUGAAAUCACAACAAGAUCAAAUGGAAAGUGCUUGGAGCAAUCUUCAAAGGACAGCAACAGCGACAGCCCAACGUAUAUCAAUGAUGGAUCGGUGGCGCGAUAUUUACAUCAAUCUCCAAGACUCACGACGGACAUUGUAUGGAUGUAAGACGACCUUGGAAAUGAUCAUGCUUCAAAAGUCCAACACCAGUAUCGACAGACCAAUCACGGACAUGACGAGGACGACGACUCUUAUUGAUACGGUCAAAAGGCAACUUGCUUCUAUUUUACCAUGGCUGAAGGACUUACCUGAACAAUUGGAUAAUGAUUUAUUGUAUAAUAAUGACUAUCACUAUGGAUUAUUCUUUGGUUACCAUCAAGAGACACUUAACUUGGCUAGUUUGGUACAACAACUUUUGAAGGAUCAUUACUUGGCUACAGAAGGGAAACAUCUUUUUCAGAUCUAUCAGGAUACUAUCGAUGAAAGAUGGCAAGACUGCAUCAAGCAAUGUACUCUACUCAAGCAAUACGAACAAAAUUAUCAGCAAUAUCAUGGUCCACAGGGUGAUUCCAACAGCAUCAUCAUUUCGAAUCUUCAUGCAAUGUUAGAAAAUCAUGCUAGUGUGGAAGAUAUCAAACGUAGAAUGAUGAUAUACCGCGAUGAAGUGUUCUCUGAUACUGGUGAUAUGAAACUUUUGGGGGAUCGAUUGGCAAUUGAAUUUGGAUAUAACGAUGAACUCAAAGAUCUACAACACAAGCUCUCAUCCUCUCUCACGGCACUGGACAAUGCAAUCCUUUUUGAUGAAAAACGAUACCAGUUUAUGAUGGCAGUGGAAAGAUAUGCAAAUCAAACGACAGAGAUCCUUGGUACAUUGACGGAAUUCCAUCAUGUUAUUUCUUCAUUGCAAGAAAUUGGUCAUUCCUCAGAAGGCGAUAACGACUUUGCUGAAGUAUUGGAAAGGUAUAGAAAACUGGAGGAAACAAUGUUGGAACAGACAUCCUUCGAUACACAACAACAUGGCGACGAUGGUGAUGAUAAUGAAUUGCGGGUUGCUUGGGUGACUUGGUUAGAUCAGCUACAUCAAGAGAUUGGAAAGAAAUGGAAUUUGUGUAUGGAUGCAAUGGAAAUUGUCCAAAAACAACAACAUAUUGAUCAUCAAAAGAAGCAGCUUGGUACUAAAUUGGAUGGAUUAUUACGCUAUGUGAACGACAUGAAGGAUCAAGUGAAUGCGCUACACCUCUUGGAAUACCAGAAUAUCACAGUUGAACAUCAAGAAUUGGAUGAUAUUGAAAACGAAUUCCAUGAUACUCUUUGUGCGAAAAUUGAUAGUUUACUCGAUCUGACAAAAGAGGGUGACAAAGCUAUGAUUGGCGAUGAUAUUCAGCAAUUACGGACAUCAUUACGACAAGCUGCAGAUGAUCUGCGAUCCAUUAUCCAACGUAAAAGACAAGAUGCUGAGAGACAAGAUAGAGCAAUGCAAAUGAUGAAUCAUUUGGACAAACUAGAACAAGUGAUCAAUCACAUGGAGGACGACAUCGCAAGAGCAGCACCUCACCAUGCAAGGAUCAUCAACGAUGCAUUUGUGAAAUCAGAUUUACAAGAUCUUCGCACGGAACUGGUCAAAUCAUAUAAGGCAUGUUCUCAAAAAAUGGCUUCACUCUUCGAUAAGAUUCCUCAUGAUACAACAUUGGCGGCAACAACCAACUUAUUGACAGAGGCAAAACAACGAUGGACGAAAACCAAAGAAAAGGCAGUAGCUAGGGAACGGGAAUUGCAAACUUGUAUUGAACAACUUCAACAUGAUUUUUUCACCAAACUCGCCAUUGUCAGUAAAAAGCAACAACAACAAAAGAAUACGAUACGAUCAUCCUUUAUUUUCCCAACAACUUCAUCACCUUCAACAUCAUAUCAAGUGGAUAAGGAAAACAGUUUGGAUAUUCAAGUGGGACGCGUUCUCAAGGAUCAACCUUAUCGACCCAAAGUGAAGAUGGUACCUGGUCAAGUGGGCAAGUAUUGGAUCGGCAGCGUGCAUCCUCGUUUAGUUUAUUGUCGUAUUUUGAAAAGCAAGGUUGUGAUGGUUAGAGUUGGUGGAGGUUGGGUUGAACUAUCACAAUUUUUGUUGGAUCAUGGGUGCAAUGAAGGUGUAGUGAUAUCGGAUGUCCCACCACUUGAAAAGAAUGCAAGAUUCAAUGAAGCGUAUAUUCCCUUUUCAAGUCGUAGUCUUUCUCCUUCUGGUCGUGUGGUACUUCGUGGUGGUGGUGGUGUAUUGAAAUAUGGUAAUGAUAGUAUGGGUAGUCUUAGUCCAUCAAGAUCAUCAAGUAAAACAUCAACAAAUACAAGAUGUCGAUCCCCUUUGACUGGAUAUACGGAUGGUGAACGAUAUGUACGAGUGGAUGAAGCUGGCAAUCAUUUAGCUUUGAAAAUGACAAGAGCUGAAGAUGAUUAUUUUAUUCCUUUUUAUCAAAUGAAAUAGUGUGUAUCUCUCCUAUCUUUUUUUUUAUUAUUAUUUUAUUUAUAGUAGUUAGUUUUUAUUUUACUUCUCUGUACAAUAAUAAAAAAAAAAUCAAUAUAUG